CAGAUAAUAAAGAUGUACAGUUUGCGAAAUUCGGGCGUGGUUGGUAAGCUGCUGAGCGUGACUUCCACCACUUUGGGACCACGUACAACUGCUUCCGCCGUGAUCCCACUAUCCAACGCUGUUUCCGCCGCGCCAUUGUCGAAACAUGAGUUCAACGGAAGCGGGAAAAUGCGCAUGACAUCCACGACACUUGGCAAGACCAGUGUCAGAUAUCUUCACAAUGAUGUAGUAGCUCCUGAUUUCUCGGCAUAUAAAAGAGACGAAAAGACUGCGGGCGACCCAUCCCGUCGCGCCUUUACUUACUUGUUCGCUGGAUCAGCUACCAUGCUUGGUGCCGCUUCAGUUAAAAACGGUCUUAUGGACUUCUUGGCCUCAUGGAGUGCCUCAGCCGAUGUUCUGGCGUUAGCCAAGAUCGAAGUCGACCUUACUGCCAUCCCCGAAGGAAAGAACUUGGCUCUUAAGUGGCGAGGAAAGCCUCUUGUUAUCCGUCACAGAACCGCCGCUGAGAUCGAGGAAGCUAAUAGUGUCGAUGUGCCCUCCCUUCGUGAUCCCGAAACUGACGCUGACCGUGCUAGUGUUCCUGAGUACUUAGUUAUGAUUGGUGUAUGCACGCAUCUAGGUUGCAUCCCCGUAGGCGAAGCUGGAGACUAUGGAGGUUGGUUCUGCCCUUGCCACGGAUCUCACUACGAUAUUUCGGGACGUAUUAGAAAGGGACCCGCUCCCCUUAACAUGGAAGUGCCCCCAUAUGAGUUCAUUGAGGACGGUGCCAAGGUUGUUGUCGGUUAAAUUCAAUCUUAAGACUUUCUAGGGUUCGAAGGCAAUUAAAUCUUUCCUGUAGAUCAAAAGAUAAAGAAAUAGAUGU